AUGGCGGCCGGCGAGGACGUCGGCUCUGAUAGGCAGCGGCAGUCAAUGCGGCGUCUAUGUAUAUAUGUCUAUGGUCAGCUGGCGGCAGGGACCUGUGAGAUCGUCACUCUGGACCGGGACAGCAGCCAACCGAGGAGGACCAUCGCCCGACAGACGGCCCGCUGUGCCUGCAGGAAGGGACAGAUUGCCGGGACGACACGAGCCAGACCGGCGUGCGUUGACGUUCGUAUCGUGUGGGCUCGACAGUGGUGUGAGAUGUCUCCGUGUUUGGACGAUGAAGGAUGUGAUCUCCUGGUCAAUCAGUCGGGCUGGACCUGCACGCAACCAGGAGGCCGAGUCAAGACCACCACGGUCUCCUGACAGCGGCGGCGAGGACAAACGCUCCCCAGAGAGAGACUGGUUCCCAUCGUCCAUCGCCCAUCAUCGCCAAGCGGAGCAUCCACUGCUGCCAAUGCUGCUGACGAACCAAUCAUCAGCCACUAUCAGAGCUGAAGGGCGGGCGGGGGUAUUGUCACUUCCUGCGUCAUGCUUGAGCGACCUGUGGAAACUGUAGCCUGAAGUUCUUCUUUCUUUCUGGGAAUAAAGUCUUUAUUUACCAAGAGAUCUGAAAACAGCGGACGAGCUGCUGGAUGGAUUUCCUUUUGUUUGGCACAAAAACUCUGUUUCGUUUUUACAGACCAAAGAUGAACAGAGACGACGAUGAGACGUUUUUAGACACACGAACCAUAGCUAUGUAAAGAAACAAACACAUUGUGAUAUUAUACAGUAAGUGACUUAACUGAGCAAAGUAAAAAUUGUAUAUGAGUUAAUGAUAAAAACAUGUAUCUGUAUGAGGAGAGCUGUUCGUGUUUCUGUCGGGACAGUUCAGACGUUCAUGUGCUGAACAUCAUUCAGGUGGAGAAGGUGGAAAGUCACUUCAGACGUUUUUAUGAUGAGAACAUUAAACUUUGUGCACUUUUAGCAGAAACCUAAAGACACAACUUAAAGAUUAGAGGCGGUCUUAGAAAAGCAGGGUGGUGGAAUGUAACUCAGUACAUUUACUCUUAGAGAAACUGUGGUAUUUUUCAACCUGGUCCUAAUUUUCCCAUAUUUGACUUAAGGCCCAGAUACACCAAACCAACUUCAACAACUAGUGGUAAGAAAAGUUGGCUGUUGAGUAGCUUCAUGUCACCCGUGUCUCGGCCAACAAGUUGCACAUGAACCCACCGCAAAGACUACAGCUGACAGCCAACCAGCACGUACGUUCUGCGUCUGCGUGAGAGGAAAUAACUCUCCACACUAGCAGACGGCAGUAGCCUGUGUUCAUCAUUCAAAAACGGGAAACAGGAAGACUGUCGUGAGGCUAGUUAGCCAGUUAGCACAUUAACAACACAAUCCAGUGCUGACAGAACAGAGCAUAUUUACUGUGCGCCAGUGAACGAUAACACAAACCAUCAGGAAACGUUUCUGCUGAAGAGCUCAGUGGAUAAAGAUAAAUAAAGCAAGUUUGUUUUGGUCUCACUCGCUCUUGACUUUAGCUCUUUGUUUACUUUCCUCACUUCCGUUUCUGUUCCAGUAAACUGAGCUGACUGCCAAUCAGAGUGAUUCAUUCACCGAUGGGCUCCACUGUCACUGAAGCCAAUUUAACAUGUUGAAUUUGCAAAAGAAAAAACCAACGGGGGCUGACAAGGGCAACGGUCACACUGCACCAACUAGGGAGACAAAAGCUCACCGAAGGCCCAACACUGACCGUCAGCUUGGUGUGUCAGGGCCUCCAUGGAGACAACUAUCUGUGAAAUAGCUCCAGUAUUGAUAGAGAUCACUGCAGUUGCAGUGGGGUCACGCGGGCAUUUGUCACUGUCAAUGUACACGUAUUAGAAGUGUUUGUCUUUGCCACUGACAUUUCUCCAGCGAGAUAGUCGCCAAGUUGGCAACACUGGCAUGGAGUCCAGUGAAAAUGAGAUGGUGAUUUCUACUUUUUUAUCUGGUUACUCAUUCAGUUUUGUUUUUUUCAAACGCAGUGCCGAUUAAUUUUUAAUGAUCAGGUUGCUUGAACCGAGGGGUCCAUGUCAUUGGUCCGACAUCCCAUUAGUCCGAUGGUCCACGGUGCUGAAUGACUCCCGGCGGGCGUAUUUCUACCUUGAUGGUGCGCCUGGACCGGCUCUGGGUCAGCUGGGAAAGGCUUGAGGCAAAGCAGGCUCACGGCUUAUGUGUUUGCCACUUUCUUUUUCAUUUUAACCCACACCAUGAUCUUUUCCUAACCAAGUGGUUUUUGUGCCUAAACCUAACCAGACCUUAACCACAGGGCAUCAUGAUGAUUUCGGAGCGGACUUCGGAACAAUGGGUUUAAUAUGGUCGGAACAAUGGGCUGUCGGACCAAUGGGCUGUUCCCGAACCAAGACGGAUAGUGUUUUGUGUCGGGGCAUCAUCGCAUUGUGCUUGAAGACAGGCAAGAAUUAGCAUGUUCGCAACAAUGUGAAAAUAGGGUCCAGGUAGAAGAACACCAAAGUUUCCCUUUAUAUACUUUAAUGGACUCCUGGUGGACAUAUUACACAUCGACGUCCAACUAUAAUAUAUUCUUGGAGACGUUUGGUAUCAGUGUGCAAAGUUUCCACCUUUCAUCAUGAAAACUGCAGAACUCUGAAUGACUUCCGUCUCGUCUCCUCCAGACUACAUUAUGCAUUCAGUCAGAUUUCACAUUCUCCAGUGCCACGUGCAGUCAGCAUGGUAGGUUUUAAUCAAACAAGAGGCAAACCAUUUCACACUAGAAUUAUGUCCGUUUGGGGGAGAGAAGCAUUAAAUGUAUUUUCAAAAGCCUAAAGUUCUAUAUUUAACAGUUUUAUAUGUUGUAUCUUUGUAGAGAACUUUAUUUAACACAUCGCUGCUGUUUAAAGCUCGCUCUCGGUUUCUGACGGUCAAACUGUUUCUCAGCAGGAGGGAAGAAGACUUUUCAUACCACUUUCUCAUCAGUCAACCUUUAUGAAGCAUUUAUAAGUUGUAACCAAUGGUUUUAUUACUUGUUAAUGAUUAAUGAAGUAUUAAUAUCUAAACUUUUGGUUCCCUAGUUAGUGAAAAAUUGCUUUGGGUGUUUAUGUCUGCAGUUUUUUUCUUAUAAUAAUCCAUCAAGUCUGCAGCUGAAAAUGUGAUGAAGUUAUUCACUGUAUAUAAAGAGAAUGUCAGAGAGCUGAAUUAAAGAGCUAAUAAGACAAAUGAAGUGUCCUGAUGGUGGAGGGAUUAGCAUUAAUAAGUAAUUAGUUAGCAAUAAAGUCAUCAGUUACAACUUUAAAAUCUUUUUUAAUGAGAAAGUGGUGUUGAGUUUUCUUCAGUUAUUGUAGGUUAUGUACACCAAAUCCCAGAAUGCAGUGUGUCUGUAGGUCAUUGCGUUAUUUACUCAUGUCAGUCUCCAUCAGCUGGAGGAGGUGAACUCACCGUCUGU